AUUACUGCUCUCACAUUCACCAUUCCGAGCAGGAUGCCGAAGAAGAAGCGAGUCGACAGCGAUGAAGAGAGUGGAAGUGAGCAGGAUGCAAGGCCAUCCAAGGUAGAAAGUAUUAGCGAAGAUGAGGAACCAGUCAAGGCCAAGGCAAAGAAUGGCGAAUCAAGUAUGUCCACUGGGGCAGGUGUAGAGGUUCUCAAGAACGCAGACAAAAAUUCGUAUUUCAACUUGAGCGACACUCGCAGAGUCACUGUUAGACCUUACUCAGGCAAAAUUCUGGUCGAUGUCCGAGAGUUUUAUAGAGACAAAGCGACAGGGGAGAUGAAGCCUGGUUCCAAAGGGAUCAGUUUGACCGCUGAACAGUGGAAAGUGCUUCGUGACAAUAUGGAAGUGGUAGAUCGAUUGGUGGAAGAAGCUUAGGGACAAGCAAACCACAAGUAGUCCUGGUGCCCUUAUACUCUGCUUCGAUACAUCACGACCUGGCCUCACCCCUGUAUUAUCAACAGUCCACUCAUGUAUCUGUCUUUAUCUCUCGAGA